AUGGCUGCCUUAAGGUUCUACCCAUCUACUGCAAUCGUCGUUCCAAGGAAGAAUUGCUCAAGGAUUCUGACAAGAUCUUCCAUGGAUAGCUGCUCAAGAUCCGAAUCCAAGCAAGCUUCCAGUUCUUCCAGCUUCACCUGCAAGGUGAACAACGUUUAUGAAGAAAAAAGCAUGGGCAUCCUCUGUUACACUGAUGAGAAGGGUGAAUUGGUGUGUGAGGGAUUGGACGAAGGCCCAAGACUCACCUGGCAAGAUAUGCAAAAUUUGACCAAAGAGAGAAGAUUGAAGAAGACAGAAGAUUGGCGGGAGAGGACGCUGCAGAUCGCGGGCGGGAUCGACUGGAGCAAUCUCCAGACUGCUGCUAGCAUCGUGAAGAAGUGA